UCUCUCGUUUUCCCCCGACUCAAUUCGAUUCCGACAUCCAAAAAAAACCCUAAUUUCGUGAGACGAUUUCAACAGAAGAAAUCAUCGUCGUUCAUGGUGUCUUAAGGCACAUCAUCAUCAUCAUCUUGUUUUUGGGUGAAUACGUGGAAAUUGAACGGCAGAGGGAAAAGGGGGGAGAUUGAGAUUUGAGGGUUCCAUCUUGUUUCUUGAUUCAUCUUUGUUAUAUAUAUUACAUAUAUAACUAAGAUGGAGCAGAUGUCAGCUGAUAAUAUACACGGAGUCAUUCUAGCGGUGUCUUCGAGUAUAUUCAUCGGCUCAAGCUUCAUCGUCAAGAAAAAGGGCCUUAAGAAAGCGGGCCUAAGCGGAGUCCGAGCAGGCGAGGGAGGGUAUGGAUAUUUGUAUCAACCUUGGUGGUGGGCUGGAAUGAUAACAAUGAUUUUCGGGGAAAUCGCCAAUUUUGCAGCGUAUGCAUUCGCACCGGCUAUUCUGGUAACACCUUUGGGAGCUCUAAGCAUUAUUUUCAGCGCAGUGCUUGCACAUUUCAUUCUGCACGAGAAAUUGCAUAUGUUUGGCAUUCUCGGAUGCAUCCUAUGCGUCGUCGGGUCUACAACUAUUGUUUUACACGCUCCCCACGAGAAAAAUAUCGAAUCGGUUAAGGAAAUAUGGCAUCUUGCUACCGAACCAGGUUUCCUUGUCUAUUCGGCUGUGGUCUUGUUCGUGGUUCUUGUACUGAUCUUUUACUACGAGCCACGCUACGGCCAGACACAUUUGAUAGUAUACGUCGGAAUUUGCUCUUUGAUGGGCUCUCUCACUGUUAUGAGUGUGAAAGCCGUGGCGAUCGCCAUAAAGCUUACAUUUUCAGGGAUGAACCAGUUUAUGUACUUCCACGCUUGGAUCUUUAUCAUAGUAGUGACCAUUUGCUGCAUUUUGCAAAUCAACUACUUGAACAAGGCGCUGGAUACUUUCAACACGGCCGUGAUUUCUCCGGUUUAUUACGUCAUGUUUACGACUUUCACCAUCAUAGCUAGUAUGAUCAUGUUCAAGGACUGGGCUUCCCAGAGCGGUUUACAAAUCGCGACUGAGCUCUGCGGUUUCGUGACCAUUCUGUCGGGAACGUUCCUUCUCCACAAAACCAAAGACAUGGGAAACAGCGGUAGCGGACGCGGCGUUUUCCACACGCCGAGGGAGACUCCUGUCUUCACAAACAGCGGUUCCAGUCGCAGUUCCAGCUCAGAUCGCUAGAACCCGUUUCUUGCUCGGAUUCAUCUGGAGGCCAACGCUGUUACUGUCUGAAAGAUCCAAUUUUGCCCAGAUCCCCUUCUGGAAUGCUAACGUGAUACGCAAGAAAUCUUAUGAUGAUGAGCUUUUUAAGGGUUCUUUUUCGGGUGAGAGGAUGGAUAUAUGAUCUAUAUUAGGGAGAGAGAGAGAGAUUGAUUGAAUUGAUUUCUUUUUUGUUUUCGUUUCUGUUCAUGUAAUUUUACAGAUCAUUCAAAGGAAAGCAGAGUUUUAAA